GCGGGCCGCCGUUCGCGCCACCGCCUCUCAGGCCCCGGCCGACUCACGUGACCGACGUGGGCUCUGGUGCCGCCCGCCGCAUUGAGGAAGCGGCGGCAGCGGCGGCGGAGGCCGCGACCGCAGCCGACCCGUAGUGGCCUGGCGAAGAACGGGCCCGCUGCCCUCUCGGACAGCCGCGGCGGGAGAGAAAAAUGGCGGAGGCCUCGGCGGCCGGGGCAGGCGCCGGCGCCGCUGUGACUGCGCACCGGUUUUUCUGCCACUUCUGCAAGGGCGAGGUCAGCCCCAAGCUACCGGAAUAUAUUUGUCCCAGAUGUGAAUCAGGCUUUAUUGAAGAAGUGACAGAUGAUUCCAGUUUUUUAGGUGGUGGCGGCAGCAGGAUAGACAAUAGCACAUCAACACAUUUUGCAGAGCUCUGGGACCAUUUGGACCACACGAUGUUUUUCCAAGAUUUUAGACCAUUUCUAAGUAGCAAUCCACUGGACCAAGAUAAUAGAGCCAAUGAGAGGAGUCACCAAACUCACACUGACUUCUGGGGACCAAGUCGGCCUCCACGGCUGCCAAUGACUAGAAGAUACAGAUCUCGAGGAAGUACUCGUCCUGAUAGAUCCCCAGCUAUUGAAGGAAUAAUACAACAGAUCUUUGCAGGAUUCUUUGCAAAUUCUACAAUCCCUGGAUCCCCACACCCUUUUGCCUGGAGCGGGAUGCUGCACUCCAACCCUGGGGACUAUGCCUGGGGUCAGACAGGGCUUGAUGCCAUUGUAACCCAGCUUUUAGGACAACUGGAAAACACAGGGCCUCCCCCAGCUGACAAGGAAAAGAUCACAUCUCUUCCAACAGUGACAGUAACUCAGGAACAAGUUGAUAUAGGUUUAGAAUGUCCAGUAUGCAAAGAAGAUUACACAGUUGAAGAGGAAGUCCGGCAGUUACCCUGCAACCACUUCUUUCACAGCAGUUGUAUUGUGCCAUGGUUAGAACUGCAUGACACAUGUCCUGUAUGUAGGAAGAGCUUAAAUGGUGAGGACUCUACUCGGCAAACCCAGAGCUCUGAGGCCUCUGCAAGCAACAGAUAUAGCAGUGAUAACCAGCUACAUGACCGAUGGACUUUCUGAAGCUAAAGACCAUAUCUGAGCCAGAGCUGUGGUAGUCUUCCUACCACAGUGUAAAUUGUAUCAAAACAAAAAAUAGUAGGUGGAUUUAGGAAUUGCAUAAGAAACCCCAACCCAUAAUAUUAAUGCCUUGACUGUUUUUUCUUCUCUAAAUUUAGUUAGUAUCUACAGACGGAAUUGUAUCUACAACCAAAUGUCUCUUAUUCCUAAAUUCAGAAUGAUAAUUUUAUAAGCGUGAAAGUUAAUUAUGUUGGUUUCCCCUGCCAGAGUAGAAUCAGUUCCUUGAAGUCUAGCUAGGGUCCUGCUAUCUGUCAUGUUACCUUGUAAUGGAUGUUUCCACUUCCUUGUCCAACCUGCACCCUACCACUAGUAUAUUUUACAGUAAAUACAAUGGAACCAGAGUCCUAAAAGUCCUUCUGUUUUAAUUGUACAAAAACAUCUACUCUCGGCCACAAUAGCCAUGAAGUGAGGGCAGAACAAUGCAGGAAUCUGAGGCUAAUGAUUUUGUUUUGUUUUGAAUCCUCAGAAAAUCAAAGAAAAAUUAUAGUGGGAAGGAGAAAGUGGCUUAUGAUUAUACUCUUUGGUCUUCUCAUUUUAAUUUUUAAAGACUACUUCACAAGAUGCAGUUUCUGCAGAAACCAACAUGACAUGUCUCAGGAGUCUUAUGUUGGUGGCAGUCUGAUUCUGGUUCCUUUUUGGGAGUGAGCUGGGCAGCAGACAGGUACAGAAGGACAGAUAUUUGAAGUCACUGGUUUUGUGGUCUUUUAAUGACCUCCAACUCAUUUUUUACUGUCUUUUGUCCUGGAGACCUUAAAAUAAUUUCCCUCACAGAAAUAGAAAUACUUCAUUACAGCUUCUACAGCCAAUUCAGUGUGUUUAGUAAUUCAUUGGUCUUCAGGAAUUAAGAUUUCACAUUUUCUCAAUUUUUCAAGAUCUUUUACAUCUCUGAAACCUUUCUGUUCUGCUUGGUUCUGGCUGUAUUUGGAAUCAAAUUGACUAUGAUGAUCAUGACCUAGGAGAAGGAGGCCUUAUCUCUUCAUUCUAAAAGUGUCCCAUGCACAUGUACGUACUCUUUGGUGCAUUUAAAUGUUUAAAGUUGAAUAAAUGAAGAAGAUCAAGAAUGUUGCUGGAACUUUUAAAGUCUCAAAAGGCAAUGAUGGGGACAUGUAACUACUGUUGGUGUACCAAUAAGGUUGACAGAAUGUUACCUUUUGUAUGGUCAUAUUAACCCUUCAUAGUUUGGAUCAGAGCAAGAGGGCCAUGCUUGGAUGAGUCUCUCUCAUGGCUAGGAGUCUUUCUUCAAUUUUAUUGAUUAUCAUACACUGGUUUUGGGGUUGAGGUAUGGAGGUUAGGGAUACCAGUAUACUUGGUAGAGGAUAAAGAAGUACAGCGGGGGGAGAAAGUUGGAGAGUUGACUUGCUCCAAAGUAGCCUGCCUCUAAAAGUUGUGACUGUAAGGUAUGAUUCAGGUUGGGCCCAGAGGAAUUAAAAGACAUUUUCUCAUACGUCCCUCAUAUUAUACCUCUUUAGAGAUUGUUUCUUUGGAGAAUGUGAGCUAUUUGCUAUAGCUAUUGAAAUGUAGCCCCAAAAUACAUUGGUUUUGAAUGGGAGGAUGAAGAGGUUAUGGGUAGGUAAGAGGUAUAUUAUGAAUAUUUAAUUGACCAAUACUUAGAUGGAGAAAGACUAUGCUGUAGUUGGAGCACAUUGCAGUAUUCAAGUACAACGGUAUCAGAAAAAUUAUGACAGCUGGAAAUUUUUGUCUUCCUGUUAGUUGCUUGCACCUGGAGAUGCCAGUAUAGGCAGUUGUAUUUUACUUAGAACUAUUGAAUUAGAAAGGAUCCGAGUAACUUCACAAAGGGAUGGAAACAAAGUACUUGAUAGGGAUUUACCUUUUCAAUACACAGAGUAACAAAUAGCAUCAGUCUGUUAUCUGAAAUUUCUUCACUUUUUUUUGCUCUGAUAAGAGGAUAUGAGACUUAUUUUCUGGACCCCUCCCACUUAAUGAAUCUGUAGUGUGUGUUCCUAGAUAGGAGGCAUCUUAGACUUUCAGGUUAAGUUAGGUUAAGGAGUGUAUUAGUCACAGUUCUCCAGAGAAACAGUUUUCCCAAUAAGGGCCGUGUGUGUGUCUGUGUAUAAAGAGAUGUAUUAUAAGUAAUAGGCUUGCAGGAUUUUGGAGACUAAAAAGUACCAAGAUUUGAUAGCACAGUUCCAGUCUAAUUCCAAAGGUCUGAGAACUUGGGAGAGCCAAUGGUAUAAGUUCCAAUCUAAAAACUGGAAGGCUUGAGAUUCAAGAAAAACUGAUGUUUCAGUUCAAAUUCAAAGGCAAGAAAAGACCCAUGCCCCAACUCAUGCAGUCAGGCAGGAGAAAUUUCCCCUUGCUAACAGGAGUGUCAGUCUUUUUGUAUUUUUAGGCCUUCAACUGAUUGGAUGAGGCCCACUCACAUUAGGCAGGACAAUCUUCUGUACUUAGUCUACCAAUUCAGAUGUUAAUCUUACCAGAAAUGCCGACACACCCAGAAUGUUUAACCAGAUAUCUGAGCACCCCCUGGCUCUGUUAAGUUGGCGUACACAAAAUUAGCCGUGACAAGGAGGAAGAAUUGAUGCACACAGCAGAAUGGUCCUCAUCCCACUUAAGUUUUGCCAAGUAAACAAUGUGUGUGAGAAAAAUAUCUGCCUUGGUUAGAUACAUCAGUAUUAAGUAGGUUAACAGUGGAAGAAAUGUGAAUGGGAUGAGGACCAGUUUGUUGUGUGCUUAUCUGUUUUCUUCUUAAUGUAUAUUAACCUGGAAGUCUGAGAAGCCUUCCUUUCUAAGGAAUGAACAUUGCAGAUUCAUUGCUUUAGCACUAGAACAUGGCUGGGGUCAAGAGUUUAUUUCUAGGAAUGACUUGAAAGACUCUUUCUUUAUAAUGUUUUAAUUUGUAAGAAGAAGGAAUUGCUCUAGGUGGAGGAUGUGGAAAUGGCUGUAAAUUAAAUAGCUUCUUCAGCUUAUUAAAAAUUGUGUUAACAUUUGCUUGAGCAGGUGUUUAGAUGUUUUCCUUGAGCAGUACUCUCUCUGGUCCAAUAAUUCUCAAGUUAGAAGAUUUUGGGGGAAUGAUUUGUUUUUUUCCCCAACAAGUCUCACUUUGAUUAAAUAGUUAUUAGGAGAAAAAUUCUUUGUUUAUGUCACUGUAUUACACACUUGUGUGUGUGGUGCACAUAUGCAUGUAUAUAUAUAUAUUCAUAAGUACACACCUAUAUGCACAUUUCAUAGUAGAGGAAGAAAGGAUAGAGGAGGGCACUGAGUUAGAGUUAACAAGGUUGCAGGGGAAGACUGGAGCCUCACAGUCUGAUUCUCACUGCACAUACCUCAGGCCCUUGUAUUUCCACAGCUGUUUGGUAGAGGGCACGGUCGGCUUGGGCAGGUCCCCUGUUAUAUGGUGUGUGUGGCAAAGGUAUUCACUGGAGGUAGAAGCCUAGUCGUUUCUGAAGGUUGAGAAAAAGUGGAUUUGAGGAAAGGGUGUUCAUCAUCCAUUGUUUCUGUAUUAUAAUUAGUUGAACUCAAAUACAGUUGUCUCUUUAAAAAUUUUUGUCUUGAUAAAUUAUUGAUACCAAAUUGAUUUUUCUCAUGACCUCCUGCAUGCUUCCAGUUUCUUUCUCUCUUGUGUCCAAGUGCUAUUUCUUCAAGGAAUACAAAUUAAGUGUAUCAGUCUUAACAAAAACUAAUCAAGAGGGAAUCAUAGUUAGUGUCUGUUUUAAACAGCAACAAAAAACAGCCUCUGGAGUUUGGGGAGGUGAAGGGCACUGCAGAGUUGAAUCUAGGCAGGCCACAAACAUUUGUGAAGGAAGAUUUUAGGAGGAGGAUGAGCAGAGCUGGUAAAUAGAGAGUUGGAUGUUAGGGAAAAACCCUUUUUGGCCCAUGUGGUAUAGAGGUGGGAUUAUAAGAGUGCUGUUUGCAAGAAUAAACCGAUGAUGAUUUGGGAGUUUGGGGUGACUAGCAGGAGAGAGUACUCUUAUUGAGAGUUUUGAAAAUUAAUUUCACGUCAUAUCUGAUGCAGGAAAUCUGGAAAGAUUUGGUGCGGUAAACAUACCAGAAAUAGCUAUCCUGAAGGGAAAUUGUACCUUGCUGUAAUGUCAAUAUUUUAGCACUUAGGCUGGAAACCAUAGGGCUGCCCCAAGGGUUUAAAAUGGAAUGCAUAGAAUACAAUGUUUACAACCGGAUAUUUUCCAGGAUCAAAAUAGAGCCCUUGUCUUAUCCAAAAUACAUUAUGAGGUUUUGAUUUCUCAUACCUGGCGGAUAAAUGGGAUUAUAGGCAUUUGACUCUCAAGAUUUUAUACAUAUAAACUUUGUUUUGCUGAAUUACACUUUGAUGGUGUCCACAGAAGCAGUCUGUUGCCUUUCUUCUUUCAGCUGGAACACUUAACAUCUAUCUGUGAGUCGUGGGAUAUAAGCUUGUGGUUCUUUACCUUUUCUAAUAAAGUGUAGCAGUUUUAAGGUCCAAAAAUUAUCCCCCCCUCUAAAGAUGAGUUUUAUUUUUAGUAUCUUUUGAUGAAAAAAAAAAGCAGCUAUUAUUUUAGUAAUGCUUUUAAAUCAAUUUGUCUUUAUUAGUUUACCAAAAUCUACAUCCAGUUGAAAUACAAUGUAUACAUAUUUAUAAGAUAUAUUAUUUAAUAAGACUGAAAGUAAUGUUUAUACAGAUUCCUUGUAAUAACUCAUAGGAGUUCAAAUUCCAUGAGUUGUGACUAUCACUCAUACAGAUUGAGGUUAAAUUGUGUGUCCAGGAAACUACCUAUUCAUGCAUGGAAAUUUACAGGCUUAUUUGAAAUCAGUGCUAUCAGUGCAUUUUGAAAACCAAUAUAUAAGAAUUUCAAAUUUCUGUGUAACCAAGUCUUGAGGUAAGCAGAAUAAUAAAUUCUUUAUAACUGAGA